CCCCGCGGCUGGAAGAUGUGGCAACCGGCCACGGAGCGCCUGCAGCACUUUCAGACCAUGCUGAAGUCUAAGUUGAAUGUCCUAACACUGAAAAAGGAACCUCUGCCAGCAGUCAUCUUCCAUGAGCCAGAGGCCAUCGAGCUGUGCACAACCACGCCCCUGAUGAAGACCAGGACUCAGAGUGGCUGCAAGGUGACCUAUCUUGGCAAGGUGCCCACCACAGGCAUGCGGUUUUUGUCAGGCUGCACAGAAAAGCCAGUCAUCGAGCUCUGGAAGAAGCACACACUAGCCCGAGAAGACGUCUUUCCAGCCAAUGCCCUGCUGGAAAUCCGACCGUUCCAAGUGUGGCUCCAUCACCUCGACCACAAAGGCGAGGCCACGGUGCACAUGGAUACCUUCCAGGUGGCCCGCAUCGCCUACUGCACCGCCGACCACAACGUGAGCCCCAACAUCUUCGCCUGGGUUUACAGGGAGAUUAAUGAUGACCUGUCCUACCAGAUGGACUGCCAUGCUGUUGAGUGCGAGAGCAAGCUGGAGGCCAAGAAGCUGGCCCACGCCAUGAUGGAGGCCUUCAAGAAGACUUUCCACAGUAUGAAGAGCGAUGGCCGGAUCCACAGGAACAGCUCCUCGGAAGAGGCGUCCCAGGAAUUAGAAUCUGACGAUGGCUGAGUGAACUCAGAGAGCUUCAGCAAAGGCAGCAUUGGUCAAGGAAUUCAAGAUGACAGACGGAUAAGCGAUGAUUCAAAUUUGGGAUGAAAAGACUGCCAAAUUAUUGGCCGACCAAGCUUUUUAAAUUCAGACGAGCAAUUCUAAAUCUAAAGAAAUGUAUUAUUAAAGUAAUUACGUUACAUUGAAAUCUGCUGCUGCUGUGACUAUGAGGAGGGUGGGAGUGUGGA